UGACCUCCCUGUGUGUACUUCUCCCUGUUGAAGCUGGCUGGAGUGUGGGAGCUGCGGUGCGUGACGGGUCAGUCUAUUACUGUACUUCCAGAAGCACGCUCUAGCUCACAGGUUCCCUGUUGAGAAAAAAAUGAACCUGCCAUCCAGAGAGGAGUGUGAGGGGUGGGACCAGGCGCAGGUAGCCUUCUUCAUGUGCAAGAACAGAAUGCAAGAAUGUGCUGCCACCGUGAACAGACUGGGAAUUAAUGGACAGAGGCUCUUGAGCCUGUCUGACAGUGAAUUGAGUAAUUUCAGUCUCAUCCACCAACCGCAGCUUCAGAAGAUUGUUCAAGACAUCAAGAAAAAUGACGGCAGCUUGCUGAAUAAACUUAGAAGACUGAAAAGCAAACCACUUCCAAAAGUACCAGCGAGAGAUUACGGAGAUGAUGACCAACUGUCUGAACCUGAUUACGAUAAUGACAUGUAUGAGGAUCCACGUGAGGACCAGGAUGACAGCUACGAGCCGCCUCCCAGCCACAGAGUCUUCACCACAACUCCCUCUGCUUCCUUCCCAAGGGGGGAGUAUCUUGACAACUGCCGUAACCGACCCCACCGGCCACCCAGGAAGCCCCUCCGCCCGAGCAAAGCCUCCAAACAACUGCCACCUGAACCCACCCAUGUGGAGAGUGAUGAUGAAGACUACAUCAAUCCAGACGGCAGCAACGAUGACGACAACUACAUAGAACCUGCAGAGAAUCCACCUCCCAAUCCUAUUAUGCAUGGUGGGAACAGAGCAGGGAGGGACCUUCCCAUGCUGCCUACACCUUCGCCAGAGUGUCCGCCCAGUCCUGACGUUUAUGAAGUUCCAGACCAAAAGGAGAGCUCAUUGUCUCUUCCUGCAAGCAGACCGCGUCCAAUCCCCCCCGCUACACAGUCACAUUCGUUACCACCGAAACCCAGCCCCAGACUGAAUAUGUCAAGAUCUCCUACUACUGUCCAGGAGCCCACAGACGACGAUGAAUAUGAAGUUUGUGAUCCGAAUGAUAGUACCAGUGGUAAACCCACAGAGGGUCCUCCUGCACUCCGACCCAAACCUUUGCCCAGAGAGAGGUCACCGAAGCCACCUCUAAAGCCGAGGCCAGAUCUGAAACCUAGGGAAUUUGAAAGCCGAGUGCCGCCUGUGAUGCAAACUGAGCAGACGCCUCCACCAAAGGCUUUUUCCCUGGACUUGAAGCGGCCAAAAAUUCCUCUCCCACAGUUUACCUCCCUCAAAGCAGCUGACAGAGGAAGUUUCUCUGCUGAAAACGGGUCAACAGGCCAAGAUAAGGACGCCGACGUCUAUCAUAAAUCCUGGUAUGCCAGCACAUGUGACCGCAAGACUGCUGACGAUGCCUUGGUCCGCUCAAAUAAAGACGGGGCGUUCAUGGUGAGGAAGAGCUCCGGUCAUGAUGCACAGCAGCCUUAUACAUUAGUGGUGUUUUACAAAGGCAGAGUGUACAACAUCCCAGUCCGCUUCAUACCAACGACUCAGCAGUACGCUCUGGGAAGAGAGAAGAAGGGGGAGGAGUAUUUCAGCAGCGUCUCCCACAUCAUUGAGAACCACCAGAGGAAUCCUCUGGUGCUCAUUGACAGCCAGAGCAACACCAAGGACGCCACCAGACUGUGCUACCCAGUGACGCCCUAGAAGACCCUCACUGAUGGCAAACAGUCGAGUGACUGGACUUGUGCAUUCCAACUCGCCCUUUACUGUCACACUAUUGUUUACAGAACUCAUUGCAUGAUGCUUUUCUCCUUCCCUUUUAACUUGAGGUCCUGUCAACGGGAUCGCGUGCUGCGCUGCCUGCAUAGCUGGCCAUGCAGAACUUAAGCAGUACUGACUCGGAAGACUUUUUAACUCGUGUUUUAUUUAGAUGUUUUCUUAAUGCCCCGUCAGUAAUCAGUGAAUUAAAAUGAAUGAAAGGGAAGACACAGCGUUGCUGCAGUUGAAGGAAACAGGUAGACAUUUGUUUAUGACAGCAAUACUUUGGGGAGCCAAAAAUACAAGGUUGUAUAUUUUGUUUUAAUAAAAUUCUUUUCUUGUGUUGCA